AUGCCUUAUUCUCUCUCUCCCACUCUCCAGACUACUACUGCUCUCUCCAACUCCUUCAGUGGAGAAGCACUGAUCUUCUCCAGUAGAAGAGCACUCCUCCACACUCCACUCCACAAGCAACUCCCCGGCCCGAGCCAAUCUGCGAUCGGAACAUCGGUUUCUAACUCGAGAUACGUCCAGUACCUCCCGGACUCGAGCAGCUCGACCGGCAACAGCUUCGAUGCCAACGUCGUCAUGAUCCUCGCCGUCCUCCUGUGCGCCUUGAUCUGCGCGCUGGGGCUCAAUUCCAUCGUGCGCUGCGCGCUCAGAUGUUCGAAUCAGAUGCCGGUGAUCGAUUUGGAGUCGAAUCCGGUAAGACGGUUGGCGCAGUCGGGGUCACGGAGAAAGGCCCUGCGGUCGAUGCCGAUCUUGGUCUACUCUCCGGGGCUGAAACUCCAGGCGAACGAUCCGGAAUGCGCGAUCUGUCUGUCGGACUUUCAGCUCGGCGAGCAGGUUCGGGUCCUGCCCAAAUGCAACCACGGAUUCCACGUUGUUUGCAUCGACCGGUGGCUUAUGGCGCGAUCGUCAUGCCCGACAUGCCGCCAAUGCUUGUUUGGCGGGCGCCAGAAGAGUUCGGGUUGCGGCGAGGCGAGCCGGACCGGCCCGGAUCCGGUGCAAUCAGCUUUGGUACCAUUAGAACCAGAAGGUUUGGUGACUGGAUACCAGUUAUAGUGUUUCAUCAAGAUAGAGCUAAUCCCUUCAAAAAGGGGGGGGCAAAAAACACACAAACACACACAUAUAAAUAUGUAUGUAUGUAUGCUUUGUUGUGGUUUGCGUGUACACAUUUUAGUUCAUAUAAUUUGGAUCUGCAUAUAGUAAACCUUUUUUUUUUUUAAUUUU